AUGAUGGAGAGAGUUAUUUCUGAUACCGACGGAAUGAGAAGCAUUGAGCAGCCCUCACUGCAGAGCCUCAACAGACGUACUUCGUGCGGUUCACCAGGACCAGGCGAAUGGGAUUUGUUUGUUCCACCCAACGAAUCCAGUAUCCCCAGCUCAGGUACGACCAUCGAAAUAGCAUUUCAGACAAUUUGCCAGUUCCUCGACGAGAGCCAAAUCAUCGUGGAAGAGAAGAAGAGCUUUGUUCUGCAGGACCCCGCUGCCGAUACCUGGGGAAGCCUGGCCAACAAGGCCAUCAGCUUCAACACAAAAAAGAAUGGCCCUGAAGCCACCGCAUUUGGAAUCAACAAACUAAAUCCUGGCGAACCUCCGAAUUGGAUUCAGACCAUUAUCGGACUUCGACGCGGUGCUUUCAAGCGAUGUUCAUGUGGAGUUGUACCAGUGCACUACAAGGGACGUCUUGGCGACUACAUGGCAACGGUGACUCGAGACGAAUACAAGUGUCUGGAAGGAUACUCCAGCUGUGAGAUUCCAACGCACUCGGAUUGGCAGGAUGAAUUGAAUGCGACCCAAGAGAGGCGAGAUGUUAUUGAACUCUUCAAGUCAGUGUUCGAAAAAUGUCUGGAACUGGAGGCUGAUUUGCAACAACGACAAGAUGAGAUCAAACAAUACAUGGACGGAGAGGAGAGCCUCUAUCCUAAAGGUCUUUCCCUCAUGAAAAGAGAAUAUGAGGACUCGAAACCAGGUAAUCCGAAUAAAAGAGCUCGCAGCACCCAGUCAGACGGGCUUGAGCUUGAUCCCAAAUCAUCGCAAAGCCAAUUUGAGACAGACGAUAUCCCGUUUCAUACCAGUGGCAAGGAAGCCGCGCCUUUCGAGGGCGAAUGCAGCUUUAACCCAAAGGCAACAGAAGAUGAGACAGAGAACAGUACGACCAACGAACCAGCCACCAGUGGCUCGAUCUUGCCAUCUUCUGGAACAUCCACUUCCUUGCCGGGGGAAGCUUUGCAGGCUGGGGCGUCGGACAGACCUCCGACCCCAGUUUCGUCUGCCAGAAACCGGAUCAAUAGAACUCCGAAGGAGAGGGAGCACGGCGCCCAGUUCAUUACCGACCACGUGUUACAGGGAUAUUCAUACCCGCAGAUCCGAGAGCUCUACCGGGCUGAAUUCGGCAUCUGGCGUAGUGCUUCAGCAUUGUACAACCACUCCAACAAGGGAUAUGCUGUCACUGAUUGA